UCCUCCUCAGUCACUCACCCACCGGUCACCGGAGAGAGAGAGAGAGAGCGAGAGAGAGAGCGAGAGAGAGAGAGAGAGAGAGAGAGAGAGAGAGAGAGAGGGAGACGCACCGGGAGCCGCAGGGAGAAAAUGACCGUGGAGAGAAUAUUCGACGAGCUCGGACAUUUCAACAGAUUUCAGGCAUGUCUGUAUUUUGCAGCAGUCUUCCAGGCCACCGCCUGUGGGAUCCACUACCUGGCGUCAGUUUUCCUGGUGGAAACCCCAAACUUUGUGUGCAGUGGGCCCAGCAACAUCACGGAUGUCCUGUACGGUAACCUGUCAGGAUCGAGUCUGGAGGAUUUCCUGCCGGACUUCAAAUCGAGGACUGGGCCCAUGGUGGUCAGGACGGCUGAAGGGGAACAGUGGGAGCUCAGUCGAUGCCACUCUGCCCAGCGCAGCGACCCAACAGGCUUCACAUAUGACUUUGAUGGAAUCAAAACAGUGACAGCCUGUAAUGGAAACUUUGUUUACGACCACACAGAAGUCGAACAAAGUGUUGUGACGGAGUGGGACUUGGUAUGUGAUAAAGAAUGGCUGGCCAAGCUGUGCCAGCCCACCUUCAUGAUGGGGGUGCUGAUCGGAGCGUUGGUGUUUGGGGACCUCGCUGACAGAGUUGGCCGUGUGAAGAUUCUGAUGUGCACCAGCAUCUGUCAGUUUGGCUUCGGAGUGGCUGUUGCGUUCUCUGGAAACUACUAUUUCUUCAUGGCAAUGCGUUUCCUCCUUGCUAUGGUGUCCAGUGGCUACCUCGUGGUGGUGUUUGUCUACGUUACAGAAUUCACCGGCAUCAAGGUACGCACAUGGACCUCCAUGCACGUGCAUGCAGCCUUUGCAGUUGGGAUCAUGGUGGUGGCUCUGACUGGAUACCUGGUGCGGGUCUGGUGGAUCUACCAGAUCAUCCUCUCCACCUGCACCUCGCCCUUCCUGCUCUUCUGCUGGAAGUUCCCGGAGACGCCCUUCUACCUGAUGGCCAAGGGCCGUUACAGGGAGGCCCAGGCGCUGCUGGACAAGAUAGCCCGCUUCAACGGCCUGGAGUGCAGCCUGAAGGCAGAGGAGCUGCUGGAGCCGGAGGAGAGGGAGAAUGGCACAGCUCUGCUGGAGCAGGAGGAAGGGAAGCGGCCGGAGAAGAAGCUGUCCAUCCUGGACCUGUUUCGAAGCUGGAGGAUGGCGGGCCGCACGUGCACAGUGUGGGCGAUCUGGUUCAUCGGCAGUCUGGGCUACUACGUUUUCUCUUUAGGAUCCGUCAACUUAGGAGGAAACCAAUACAUGAACCUCUUCCUUGCUGGUGCAGUGGAGCUCCCCUCUUAUCUGGUUGGCUGUUUUGCAAUGGACCGGAUCGGAAGGAAGAAGACUUGUGCCCCUUCCCUGCUCCUGGCGGGGGUCGCUUGUAUGCUCAUCAUUGUGGUUCCCCCUGACAUCAAGUGGCUGGCCAUCGUUCUCAGCAUGACGGGGAAGUUCGCCAUCGCCAUCGCCUUUGGUCUCAUCUAUCUGUACACGUGUGAGCUUUAUCCAACCAUUAUCAGGUCUCUGGCAGUGGGUAGUGGCAGUAUGAUGUGCCGCGUCGGCAGUGUGGUAGCUCCCUUCUGUGUGUACCUGGCUGACGUCUGGGUCUACCUACCUCAGCUCAUCGUGGGAAUCCUCGCAUUUAUUAUCGGAGUGCUCACAUUGCUGUUGCCAGAGACCUUGGGCAAACCUCUAACAACCACCUUGGAGGAGGCAGAAGCUCUGGGGUCUAAGAAAAAGGACGGGAUGGAGAUGAACCAAUUUGAGGCCAAGGCCUGAGCUGCACACAGAAUGAAAGGAAGAGAGAGAAAAAGAUGGCUGCAAAAGGUGAAACAGUAACACCGCUGAUAUUUUGGAUUAUUAGAAGAACAAUUUAAGAAGAGCAAGCGUUUAUCAGAACUCUCGAAAUGAUCCUUCACCGAAACUGUCAAUCAAAGAAGUCAUCCAGAUUAUACCAAAUGCUGCAUUGUAAUUUGUUUACCUGUAUAUUAUAUUAUCACCAAUAGCAUGUUUGGUUCUCUUCAAAAAAGGGCCUUACUGUUUAUAUUAAAGUCUCUUUUUGUCAUUUUGUCAACUUGUAUUUGAAUCUCAGGGCGACCAUUUCCAGAUGUCACUGUGAAAAUAUGAAGGUGUUUUAACUUUACACUCUGUUUGAUAUGUGUGUAAGUCAGUGUCCUAGUUUCCAUGAAAUCGAGAUGCUGGGCAUAUGGAAGGAAAAAUAAUCUGAAGUAAUAGAUAGAUCUAUCUAUCUAUCUAUCUAUCUAUCUAUCUAUCUAUCUAUCUAUCUAUAUAUAUUACCUUACUGUAUGAGUCGAGGUGUGUUCUCCAAAUGUUUGGACCGAAGACCGGAAUGAACCACAACAGCUUUGCAAUAUGAAAGUACAGUACAAGGAUGUUUUUGUUUUGAUAUCAAACCAUUAACUGAUUUAAACUUAAGGAGAACUUAAGUUCUUUGAAAAGGUGAAAAGUCUUGUGAAAGGUGAAACUAGAGUUUAAGCUUUCAGUUCAACAGUUUUAUCAAUCCUAUGAUUUUUGUUUGUAUGCUUAGUCAGUAUUAUUUUUUCUAAAUAAAUAUGGUGGCUUAAACUCA